AUGUUUGCCCGCCAAUUUCGACCGAUUUCACGCGCUGUUUUUGCCCGCCCGCAGCUUUUUGUGCGUAAUUUAUUUAUCCAGACUGCAAGCACACCCAACGAGGAUGCUCUCAAGUUCCUUCCGUCCCAAGAUGUCCUCGGAGAGGGUGCCCGCACCGUGGAGUUUUUGAGCGGACGGGAGUCCCAUGGCUCGCCACUUGCCCGCAAACUGUUUGCAGUCGACGGUGUGCGCAGUGUCAUGUUUGGCCCCGACUUUAUCACUGUUGAGAAAGGUUCCGAGGAUCGCUGGCCUGUGCUGAAACCCGAGAUCUUCAGUAUCCUCACUGAGCACUUGGCCUCGGGAGAACCCGUGUUGGUGGACGGUACAAACGCCUGCUUAGACACCCAACCUCAUGAAGAUGAUAGCGAGGCUGUGUCGAUGAUCAAGGAAUUGAUCGACACUCGCAUUCGCCCCGCGAUUCAAGAAGACGGUGGAGAUGUGGAGUAUGUUGGGUUCACAGACGAAGGCAUUGUCCAACUAAUGCUCCGGGGUGCUUGCAGAUCCUGUGACUCGAGCUCUGUCACUUUGAAGAACGGUAUUGAAAGUAUGCUUAUGCACUAUGUCGAGGAGGUUACUGGUGUCGAGCAGGUCUUGAGUGAAGAGGAAAAGAUCGGACUUGAUCAGUUUAAUAAGCUUGAAGAGCGUCUUAAGACGAAAGAGGGCGACGAUUUAGCCCCUCAAUUGUAG